AACAGGUCGACCCGUUUCACGGGAGAAUCGGCUAAGCGUAAAAGUUUUCGUCGAGGUAAAAGGUGGUCGGUAUCCGGAGCGGCAUUCGAGUUCUUCAGUCUGUGCGGAAAGGAUAUUUAGGUGUGCGAUACGUGCGGCGUAAGGCGGCAUUGAAAAGCGGUGAAAAAAAAAGUAUCAGGACGAACUGCGUCUGAUGAAAUAAAAUCCGCUAUGCCGAGUCCCGAGCCUUCGGAAUACCUGCUUGAAUCCCCAAAGUGAUAUUUUACUUAUUUAUAAAUAUUCAAGGUGCGAAGUUGAAUCGGCAGUUCGCGACGUGCUGUGAUCUCUAAAUUCGAAUCGAAACCGGUGUGCGAAUACGAAAGAAAAUUAUCAGAAACACGAGGCUGAAGAAUUUUUAUUUUUUUUUUUUCCAAAAAUUCUCUCGUUCUUCAAACCGGUAUCGCAUCGUUCCAUCGAGUGCCUGUAAGGAUCGAAAUCUUUUUCACUGUGACGUGCAAUUGUGGAAAUAAUAAUAAUAUCAGGUGAUGAAGGAAUUUUUUCAUCAUUAAACGGAACGUUCAUCGUGAUUCGUUAGCGGUCUGCGGGUUUAGUCAGCGAUUUACAACUUUCAAGGUUCCGCGCAGAAAUCCGUUUGAAUUUUUCAAAGCUCUGCGAAGAAAGAGAGUCGAUAAGCGAGUUUUGGGUGAAAUAAAAUCCGCGUUAUCGCGGAAAUAAUUUGAGACGAGUCGUGGAUAAAGGCCUAAAAAACGGCGCACCAAUACGGAAUUUAUCAUCCAAACUCUUACACCUACAGCAACAACCCGCCGAGCGCUUGCAACAACAGCUGUUCGAUAAAGGACGGCUACCCUCCGAAUCCCCAUGAAGACUACAGACCCAUAUAUUUCUACGUAGCCCAGCCCUACACCAUACCGUACGCUUACGCCCGUAGGCCGCGUCCGUCUUCGAUCCAGAAACCGGGGAAAAUAAAAUCGUGUAAAUCGAAUAACAACAGGGUUAAAUUCAGCAAAAAACUAAACGCUGCUCAGUUCUCCCAGAAGGUCAGACAGGGCGAAUUCUCAAAGAGCUUGAACCAGGUUCAGUUCUCUGCAGAGGCUACACGGGGACAAGCAGUGGCCAGCUGCCCCGGGAACAGCCGUCCGAGGGCCCGCAAAAUGACGUCGAUGUUCCGGAGAGGGACGAUCUUCGCGACGUUUUUCCUCUCCCUCCUAGGAGGGGGGCUCGUCUGCGCCGCCCUGGUCACCCAGCACUGGGUCGAGGCGAGACCCUGGAGGACGCCAAAUCCCCAGGAAAGUUCGGGACGCAUUCACCUCGGACUUCUCCAGGGAAAGAAGGAACUCAACGUCGCCUACGGAUGGAGAACUUACCACUUUUCAGUCCCCCAGAUGAUUAGGCAGGACCCAACCGUAAUGACGUGGGGAUUGUGGGCCGGAACUUUGGGCACAACUGCUUCCGCCCUCGUCGCAGCUGCUCUCGCAGCUUUGCUAGCUGUUUUAAACACGGCGACGACACCGAGGACUCAAAUUUUAUCGGUGCCCGGUGUUUACCUGAUGAACAUCCUGGCGCUUUUGCUAUGCUUGGCCAGCACGGGAACCUGGCUUGUUCAAUACUACACGAAACUCUACUUCAACGUCCUGCCGAAGGAAGAUAUCGACAAUAUGUGGACCAGCGAACGAUCGGCCGAGUUGGGCUAUUCUUUUUGGCUCGUCGUUGGUGCUGGAGUGGUGCAUUUAAUCAGCAUAGCGUUAGUAGGAUGGGGUUCGGGCAGAGAAAGAGACGAAAGAUCCGAGCCUGCGCCCGCACUCGAGGAAAAGACUGCCGCAGCCAUAAUGCUCUAUUAAUAAUAACUAUUAAUUCCCAAAUCGCGAGAAGAAGGGAAAAGAAAUGAAAUAUAAUAUUGGAACGAUCGACUGUCGGCGGUAUGAUAAAAAAAAAAAGCCGGCUAAAUACGACGAAAGAAGAUCUUUGCAUCAUGUACAGUCAGAUAAGCUGGCGAUUUCAAAGCUCUUAAGUAACGUCGACGAUUAUUAGAAGAAACAUGGAUUUGUUCUUAACUUUUUUUUUUUUUCUUUUAUUCAAAAGCAGAUUACGUGACGUAAUUAUCGAGGAAAGAUUUGUAGUUGCAAUUGCAGAGAUUCAAUCUAAGGGUUUAUGCGAUGUGUUGCGUAAUUUUUCUGAUUAUCCUCGAAAAAUUCAAUUCCAAAUUCUCUAAAUUCCAAUCUUUAAUAAACACGAUCUACUUGCGUUGUUUAGCAAACAUUUUCUACCUUUUACUUGAAAAGACAUAUCGUGCCGACUUUCACGACUUUAGACGGUGAAAUUCGUGAGACAAAUAUUUACGAACGGUGAACAUUCUUAAAAAAAAAAAAAAAAAACGUGACAUCUUCGGUAUUUCUUUCUCGCCAAGUAAAUUUCAGAGACUCCUUGACAGAAGUAAAGUGACUGUAAUGUCUUCUAAUGAGUUGAAAUGUAAGACCGGCAGUGAAAAUAAUUAUUAUGAUUGACUCGUGUAGAAGAAAUCUGAACGCGAAGAUACGAGGAGAGAAUUUUUACCCAAAGAGAAAUUAUUUGUUGAUACUAUUUGAGGGAACAAUACUCGGGAUGAGAUGUGAACGAUAUGAUCCACAAGAAUGAUUAUAUUAUACUGCUUUGACACACCGCAAGAAAAAAGGCCGAUAAGUUAAUUUGAAAUUAAUGUGCGAACCGCGUUAUACCGUAAACGACAGCGAUGUUUAACAUGUAAAUAGAAAGUUUCCAAACUUUAGAAACCAGUACGGGGAAGAAGAUAGAUCUUUUAUUUUCUUAUGUUAUCUGUCUAAUUUAUUGCGCGACGAAACGUGGGUCUUGCAUUCCUUUCUUUUUUCUUUUUUUUUUUCUUUGCUUAUAGGUACCUAAACCUAGUUUUAAUUACUACGUCUAAUUUCUGCAUGUCAUAUCACACAAUAAACGAAAUUGAUUGAUCGUUAUGCAGUAAGGCGCUGCGGGCGCUUGGGCGUAAGUGUCAUGUACAGUUUUAGUGAAAGUUGACAAAAAAAAUAAAUAAAUAAAUGCAUAAAACACUUUCCAAAAUCGGUUAGACGCGUGGUAUGUAAAGCAUUGUGUAUCUCUCGACGCACGACGUACACACUUACAAAGUGUGAAACUCGAUUGAAAUAAGCUUACAAAUAGUUAAAUACUACAUUAAACGCUUACGAAAUUUCUUCGACAAAGUUAACAAGUUAUGAUAUUGUGAAUAUAUAUAUAUAUAUAUGUAUACUGCGUACUAAUUACAUACCGAAUUAUAAAAUACGUAUUAUUAACGCACCGUGUGAAAAGAGCUUUUAAUAAUUUAUAUAGGUAUAUAAAUUAUUUAGAGUUGAAGGAAAAAAAAAAACAAAAUAAAAUUUCAAAAUAAAUUAUUCUUGUUGAUGUUGAUGAUGAUAAUUACACACCUACACAAAGGCGACUGUUUACCGUCAAUAUCGUAAGGAUAAUAUUAAAAAUGUAAUCGAAGACGAAGGUAUAUAAGAACACUGUUAUAUAGGAUAUAAGAGAACUUUAUUAUCUCGUGCGAACGCGACAAAAAUCUCGAGCAUAACGAAUAUCCGAUAAUAAUAAGUCGAAUUCGAUGCCGCGUUUCGUACGUGAAUUUUUCAGCCACUCACAGACAUUUCUUUAAUAAAUGUAUAACGUAAAAGAUCGUAUAAACAUAAUAUAUAUGUAUGUAUAUAUCGACCGGAUCACAGGAAUACAGCCAGACUGUGACUCGGCGAAUUGAUACGACUAAAUUUAAGGAAACCAAUCAUCGAAUUUGCUUAAUACAUCGAUAUUAUCGUUAAUUAAUUAAUUAAAGUAGUAUAUAUAUGUAUAUGUGUAAUUAAUUUUUAAAAUGUUAGUUAGACUCAUCGAAUCACCAAUCGAAUGCCGAAAACAGAAAAAAAGAAGAAAAAAAAAACACAGGAUUCGAGCCGCAAAUACCAGAGUGAGAAAGAAAUGGUCUAAAGAUUUUCUUUUUUUCUUUACGAGGUUUUGAGUCGUUUGAAAGAGAAAAAGAAAACUCUUAUCAUAAAAGCGAAGGAAAUUUAGAAAAUCAAAUCAAUAUAAAAUAAAUGAAAAUAGUCUCGUUUGAAAUUUCACUGCAUCGUUUCUUCUUAUCGCUGUUCAACGUACGACUGAUUGUGAGAGUAAAAAGCAAGAAAUGAAGAGCCAAGAUAAUCUCAUGAGCAAAGAAAAUCGUAUGGUUAGUUUCCUUCCAAAUUCUACCCCUCCCCUCAAUGUUUCUAAAUUUAAAUUAAUCUAAUGAAUAUUGUGGAAAACAGCAGAUUUUUUUUGCACGACUUUACGAUUUCACUUCAUGGCAGCUGUUGCCGAAACCUUGUACUCAAAAGUUCAAUUCGCAACAAUUGUAGAUGAGAAUGAAGUUAGAAGUU